AUGAGUGGACUUUCGGUGAAACUGUUGAGUCUGUUGUUUGGUUUGGGUUCGUGGGUCGCCGUCACCGGUCUUUGGCUCGAAAUCCCGGUUUUGAUCCAACAUUUGCCGGAAGGUUGGUCUUUGGCUUCGGAUCUGAAUUUCGUGAUUCAAUUGGCAAAUAUUGGACCCGUUUUCUACUAUUUUCUGCGAAAAUACGGAUUUUUGAAUGAAACGAAAGCUUCUCAUGGAUUACUAGCCGUCGGAACGCUUUCUUGUCUUCUAUUGAUGACCAGUUGGAAGCGAACCUUCCGACUCUUUUCAAGGGAACGUUCGGUGCCUUUGUUUGUGUCGACAUUUGGAUUAUCAUUAUUAGACACGACUUCUUCCGUCACUUUUCUUCCAUUUAUGUCUCGUUUUGAUCGAAAAUAUUUGACUUUUUAUCUCAUAGGAGAAGGUUUGAGUGGUUUUAUUCCAACAAUUUUCGCCUCAAUUCAAGGCAUUCAAGAAACGGACGAAAACUGUGACCAAAACUCGACUCAAACGCAGAUCAAAACUUCGAGAAAUCCCUGA